AUGGCACUGAUCGCGUCCACCUUCCUGUGCCCCGCCAUUGAGUGCCUGGCGGCCGUCCUGGGCAUGGACGCGGGGCUGGCGGGCAUCACGCUCUUCGCCCUGGCCAAUGGGGCGCCAGACCUGCUGACUCAGGUGGCGGCCCUGCUGUCCAGCAACCAGGUCGAUGUCGGCCUGGCCGCCAGUGCGGCCUUGGGCAGCGGCCUCUUCGUGCUGGGGGUGGUAUUUCCCACCGUCAUCUGCCUAGAUACCACCCAGGCCCCCUUGCAUCCCGGCAGCUUCCUGCGUGACGCGCUUGCCUACCUCGCCGCCGUCGCCCUGGCCUUCCUGACCCUGGGGCCAGGCCCCAUCCGACCCUGGCAGCCCGCGCUCAUGCUCUGCGCUUACUGCCUCUACAUCGGAGUGUGCGUCGCGGGGUCUGGCCGCGGUCCAGCCAGGAAGCUCUCCCUCACCUCGGCCCUGCAGGAGGGCGGCCGCGCCCCGGCGUGGGCCACCCCCUUCGCUGACCUGGCGGGCGUGCGUGGGAAGAGAGGGUGGGGCCUGGCCGCCGCCCUCCUGCGCUGCCCCUUCCGCCUUGUCCUGCAUGGCACCACACCAGCGCUGGGCCUGGGCCUCCCCUCGCCGGCGCACGCCGCGCUGCUCACGCUGGCCGGCCCCGCUUUCUUCCUCGUCGGUGUGGACCUGGGCCCCCCCACCCUGGGUCUAGGGCGGUGGGCCACCCUCUCCGCCGGCCUCUCCGGCCUGUGCCUCGCCCUGGGCGGCGCCUGCACGGCGCGCGAGGGCCGGCCCGCACCCAGCCGCCUGCCGGCCCUCCUGGCGUGCAUGGGCUUCCUCCAGUCCGUCGUGUGGAUGCGCAUCGUCGCUGGCGAGCUGGUGGCGCUGCUGCAGGCCGUGGGUCGCGCCGUUUCGCUGCCGGAGGACCUGCUGGGGGCCACGGUCUUGGCGUGGGGCCAGGGCAUCCCUGACCUGGUGGCCGCCGUCAGCGUCGCUCAGUCAGGGAACGGGCCCAUGGCGCUGUCGGCCUGCUUCGGGGGCCCGGUGUUCAACAUCCUGGUGGCCUUCGGGGCCCCCACCCUGCUGGCCACGCUGAGGGGGGGCGCUCUGACCUACGCCCUGGCGCCGGGCGUAGGCCUGCUGUUCGUGACCUCGGUCCUGCUGGCCCUCUUCAUGCUCGCCUCCGUACCGCUGGCGUACCGCUGGAGGCUGGAUGCCCGGGCUGCGGCCUCCCUCUUCCUCGUGUACCUGGCCUGCCAGCUCACCUUCCUGGCAGUGGAGCAGGGGUGGCUGUGA